CUAAUUUUAGGUGUUCAAAAUUUCUACCUAAUUUCAAGAACCACCACCCGACACCCUAACCGUCAACAAACACACCACUCAAGAAUCCAACUUUACUUCUUCAUCAGACGAAAUCAACAAACGAGAUUCAACUUCUUGUUCUUUCACGGUUUCUUGCUGCAAUAAUCCACCAAAAUGGGCAGCAAAGUUAUACAAGAUGACGGUUAUUCUUCGUUAAAAGACUUGAAAUUGGAGAUCAAGAAUAAAGAUGAUGUUAAUGGCAGUUUAUCACUUUGUUUUUGGCUUUAUCUACUUACAGAUUCAUCCUCUUUUCCUUGUACCAUUCUUCAUCAGCACAAUUCGGAUAUAAACAGCAGCGCCCCAUUUCUUGCGUUGACUGCGAAUAAAGAAAUGGUGCUUUACCCUAUUCGUUUCACAGUUCAAGAAGCACCGAAUUCUGACGAGACGGAAAUUCCGAGUGCAAAAUCCAAAAUUGAAGUACCUCUAAAUAAAUGGGUUCACAUUGGUUGUGAGGUAUCUACUGAUAUUUCGCGACUUUUCAUUAAUGGCGAGAUUACGGGAGAGAUGUGUGCAACUUGCACGCCUGACAGUUUAAAAAACGUUUCUUUAUAUGGGGCCAAUGAAGAUGAUCCGAUCGAGGGUUAUGUGCAUGGUGUGGAAAUCUUACCUGUUAUGUCAUCUAUUAAAGAUUACUUUGUUAAGGACCCUCCAUUGCAACUACAUGUUGAUGGUUUGAAUGGCACUGGUAUCGAAGAAGAUACCGAUGGUGCGUGGAUUGUUGUUGGUGGCAAGGCAUCAUGUCGUAGGAAUUUCUCCUUGGAUGUUGUUCUAAUGGAUGCGUUUGGGAACUUGGUGAACAAAGAAAUGGAGGUUGUUGCGACCCUUACAUAUGCUGACAAUGGUGCGCACGUUGAGAAACCAGAUGACUUGGAAGCUCCACUGCUGACAAGUUAUGACGGAACCGAGUUUCCUGCUUGCGAUAGACCAAGUCAACUAGUCAACGGCCGUGCUUCAUUCAAGCUUAAGAUAUCUCAGUUAUCUUCAAAGUGUGAUCACAAGCUCUUUCGUAUUAAAUUUUUCAUUCCCAAGAUGGAGAAAGGGUAUCCAUUUCUUGAAGCAUAUUCACAUUCUAUACGGUGUAUUUCACGUAACCAAAAUCCACUCCCGUCCACGUUAAUAUGGAAACGGUCAACCUCUGCUAUACAUGUGGUUAGUGGAACACCAUGGCUUGAUGGUAGCUCUGUAGAACCUAUGAACAACGUUGUUCAUGAGGCAAAACCGACCCCAUCAUCGAAACGGGUCAAGUUUGGUCAAGGAAAUCCCUUUGUCACCUUACAGUCCGAUAUUCCAUCAAAACAAUGGGAUCAACAAAGUCAUGAGGGUGAUAAACCGAACGGUAGGAGUUUGCAUUUAGAGGCAAGACAGGAACCACAUGAACAAAGUUACAAUUCAUCAUGUGAUUCGGAUAGUAGCGAAGCAACAAAUUCGUGCAAAAGCAUUGCGAGCAACGGGAGCCCGGUUUCAGACGCGACGGUCUUCAAAUACUGCCUUGGAAACCUAACCGAAAAAUCACUUCUCUUAAAAGACCUUGCAAGUUCAGCUUCUGAGAAAGAUGUUGUGGACUUUGCAAUGCAGGUUUCCCAGUUCUCGGGUUGUCUUCAUCAUCGGGAUCAAAUAAGAAUAUCGAAGAGAAUGAUAGAGGACGGAACAAAGGUUUGGAGUUUGUUAUCACAGAACAAUUAUCAUGUUUCGUGGGAUAAUACGAUUCCCGUGCUUCAAGACCAGUUUAUGAAAAUUUCAUGUUGCCGGAACAGAAUCUUGACACAGCAGGAUUUUGAAGUUUUAAAGAGAAUUGGAAAUUGCCAGGAGCUCGUUACCCAAGAGAACUUUGAAAAGCUAUGGUGUUGGCUAUAUCCUGUGGCUUUCAGUUUAUCACAAAACGGGCUUAACGAGAUGUGGGAUUCAAGAUGGAUCGAAGGAAUCAUUACAAAAGAAGAAGCCGAAUCUUCACUUUACGCCUCGGGAAACAGCCUUGUGGACCCCGGUACGUUCGUCCUCAGGUUCCCUACAUCACGGAGCUGGCCCCACCCUGAUGCCGGCAAUCUUAUCGUCACUUACGUUGGCAGUGAUUUUGUCAUACACCAUAGGCUGCUCUCUCUCAACUUCUUUCACAGUUGUGGAGGGAAAUCGUUGAAAGAGAUGCUACUAGAGGAGCGAGAUUUGUCUCGACUAGGAAGGAUUACAACGAGAAGUUUGCGGUUGUCUUGAGAUGUAUGUACUUAUAGAGUUCGGGCAUUUGGAAAUCAAGAUUUACAUUUGCCACCGAUUUUAACUUUUUAGUCGUUGUUAUGGUUAUAAACUCUUUGUCGACUUGUUUUUGACUGGCAUUUGAUUGAUAAGUAGAUAUCUUAAUUAGGUUAUAUGCUGAAAUAUGAAACAAGACUGGUGUUUUGGCCAAACAAGAUCGGUUUUAAAACCUGUUCGGAUCGAGUCAAUGAAAGUUCAAACCGGAUUGGAUUGGAACCGAUUCAAUGUAUUAUAUAACUAGCGGUUCUUCACAAA